UGGAAGCUCGCUUUCUCCUGUCCCUGUACCUGCAAUAUCCUGAUACUUGUCUCAACUGUACAUAGACUGAGCUUCAUUUUCCUGGCUCUGUUGUCCGCUCCUUGGUCCCGACGACCAUCCGUGCCGCCUCGACUUGACCCGCCUUGAAGCCUCCACGUCGUGUACAGAUCAUCCGGCGCAUUCACCACCGCCGCCCGACAGGCUGUCGCAAUGUUUGUGUUACCACCCCCGCCGCGCUACCCAAGUGGGAACCUUUACACUGGCUACCCACCCGGUGCCAUCAUCGAGACGAACAACACGCUUGCCAAACACAGCGGCCCUGAAUAUCAACUAGUCGUCGGAGAGGGCACAUACGUCCAGCGCGACGAGCUUCUCCUGGCCACUCCUCCUCCGCAUCCUUCAGACAACCCCGUGCCGAACAGCAACCCACUUGCUACCACUAUCGCUCCUCCAACCCAAGGCACUAGACUGUCUCUGUGUAUAGUGGCUCCCAAGAAGCUUCCCGACAACUCCCUCGCUCGUACUACCACUGUCACCAGCCAGCGUUCUGCUGUCCCAUCGAGUCUACAAGAGGAAGCUCUGACUCCCACCACCGACUCGGCCUCGUUCUUCAGAUCUUCAUCUACCCCUGUCUUUGGAGACAACAACCCUGCAUUGGCUCCUAUUCCUACAAAAGAUUCAAAAGACCCCUCAAAGAGGCGCAAGCCCAAGAACAAUAUUGUCAAAAGCAACUCCUCCUUCGUCUCCAGAGUUAUCCCACAUGAAGCCCUCCAGAAACGCCUUCAGGAGCGCAACCCUCAAGGUCUAUUUGCCUUCUCAAACAUCAACAGAGCUCUGCAAUGGCUAGAUCUUUCUUCCGAAACAAAGACUGAGAAUCUCACCAAGAUCUUGUUCACAAAAGCUCAUGCUCUGUGUCAUCAUGUCAAUCCUUUCACCAAAAGCACCACCCACCUGGACGUCAUCAUAGGCUUUUCUUCCUCAGACAUCAUCUGGUACGAGCCGAUAUCCCAGAAGUAUGCUCGCAUCAACAAGAAUGGUGCCAUCAACUCUUCUGCCGUUUCUUCCAUCUGGUGGUUGCCCAACAGCGAGAAUCUCUUCUUGGCCGCUCACAUGGAUGGGUCUCUGAUCGUUUAUGACAAGGAGAAGGAGGAUGCUCCUUUCGUUCCCGAGCAAGAAUCCUCUGACUAUGGCGAUGCUCAAUCCGGUCCGGCAUCUUUUGUCAUCAAAAAGUCGGUCCAAUCGCGCAACCAAAAGACCAACCCUGUAGCCGUGUGGAAAAUCAACAACCAGCAAAUCAACUGUAUUUCCUUCUCUCCUGAUGGUAGACAUCUUGCCAUCGUCUCGGAAGACGGUUCUUUGCGCAUCAUCGAUUACCUCAAGGAACAGCUAUUAGAUGCCUUUACCUCGUACUACGGUGGCUUGAUUACUGUGACAUGGUCUCCCGACGGCCGCUAUAUCCUUACCGGUGGUCAGGAUGACAUUGUCAGUAUCUGGUCCUUCGCCGAUGCCACUUUAGUAGCGCGUUGUCAAGGACACAGCAGUUGGGUGACAGAUGUCAAGUUUGAUCCUUGGAGAUGUGAUGAACGCAACUAUCGCUUUGGUAGUGUUGGCGAAGAUUGCAAGCUACUACUUUGGGACUUUUCCGUUGGUAUGCUCGGUCGACCGAGAGCAAUGUCAAUCAAGCAUAGAGGCAGCAUGACGUCCAAUGCCAUAACUCGCAAGGAGACCAAUUCCACAGUCGGACGCAUCAGAUCACAUUCGACUAUUUCCGAAGACGGUGAUGGUGCGGUGAAUGGAGCAGAUGUAGUUCACGGCUUCAGAACAAAGGCGAGCACAGCCAUAUUGCCGCCCGUCAUGUCAAAAAAGAUAGACAACCAUCCGUUGAGCUGGUUGGAGUUUCAGGAGGACAGCAUCAUGACAGCAUGCAAAGAUGGUCACAUUCAUACCUGGGAUAGACCCAAAGAGGGAACCGGAGAAAACGGACACUACUCCAACGAUGCCGAGAAGAACGCUACUUGAAUCAAGUAUGAGAUCCGAUACAAGUGUCGCUGUAUAAAGAGCUUGUCAGGAGCAGCCCUAUAAUGUAUAGCUUGGUUUAUUGUGUCAAAGUAGGUAAACGCCACGGGUGUAAAUAGCAACGGCUCUGUCACGACGAUAGAGGAUCUUGGACACGGACACAACUGAGGCACUCUUUUUGCCCACUGUUCGAGAGUGCAGCCAUCUAUCACGUUCUGCCGGUACGCGAUGUGCUCAUGUAGACCUCAGGAGCAGCAUGUCGCUAGUCAUGUCCAUCACGCCAUAGUGUUGAUAGCGGUCAAAA